AUGAAGAUAUUCCCUAAGAGCAGCUUCUUCACGGAGCGACGGGCCACCGCGCUUCCAUCACCAGCCGAUGUACGAGCCCUGAACUUAAAGUCAGGAAAUGCUUCUGCCUGGAACUUCAACUGCCCUCCGCCUGUCAUGAUCCCAUCGCUAGGACUAGUUGUUAAGUACGGUGCCAAUGUGAGCAUUGUUGAGGCGCAGACCCAAAGGAUGCUGCGGGAUCAACUACAUGGCCGCGUGCCCGUCCCUGAAGUCUUUGGCUGGGCGGAGGACGACGGUCAGACGUUUAUUUACAUGUCACUGAUGGAAGGGGACACUUUAUUGGAUAGGUGGAAUGACUUGAGCGAGGAUGAGAGACGAGCUAUCUGUGAAGAACUUAAUGAUAUAGUGAGGGAUUUUCGGGCUCUACAACAAGACCCACGUGACACUUACAUCGGCAGUCUAGGCAAGCGGCCACUGAACGACAUUUUUGUUAUGCAUCACCCGGACCUUGUGGGUCCAUUUCUAGGUGCAGACGCUGUCGAGCAGUUUCAGAAUGCUUGUGGGAUUUAUAUCGAUGUUGACACACCUAUUGUCUUCACGCAUAAUGAUCUUCUUCCACCUAACAUUAUCAUCACCCCAGGACCGAACCCGAAAGUGGCUGCAAUUGUCGACUGGGCCCAGGCUGGUUGGUACCCUGCAUACUGGGAAUACUGUAAGGCUCGGUGGAUAAGAGUAAAUCCGAGAUACUAUAGCGAUGCUUCCCAGGAAGAUUGGCGCAAUAAAUAUCUUCCAAUGAUCCUGGACUCAGUGGAUGACGAGACAAUCUACCAUCCUUGGCUUUAUUUUGUAUUGUCGAGAGGUAUAUAA